AUGAUACAGAUCUUCGAAUCAAAUUUCAUUAUUCUAAGACCGUUUGCGCUAGCAUGGAAGCUCUUUGGCUAUACUACGUUGUUCUUGCCUAUAUUCUUUUUUUUUCUCGGGUUCAAGCUUUUAUACAAGAGGUCUGUGCCAAACCUCCCACCAAGUCCGACACCGACAUUUCCCAUCAUAGGACAUCUCCAUCUCCUAAAACCACCACUCUACAGAACUUUCCACAGCCUUUCUCUAAAAUAUGGUCCCAUAAUUUCUCUCAAAUUCGGCAACCGCCUUGUAGUGGUGGUGUCUUCACCAUCACUGGUGGAGGAAUGCUUCACCAAGAAUGAUAUCGUGCUCGCCAACCGCCCUCAAUUCCUCAUAGGCAAAUACUUGGGCUACAAUCACACCGGCAUAGGGAGCUCACCAUACGGUGAUCAUCUGAGGAAUCUUCGGCGGUUGUGUGCCAUGGAAAUAUUCUCCACCAGUCGUUUGAACAUGUUCUUGUCCAUUAGGAAAGACGAAAUCAGGCGCUUGCUUAUCAAACUGUCUGAAAACUCACUCCAGAAUUUUGCCAAGGUUGAAUUGAAGUCUAAAUUAUCUGAGCUCUCGUUCAAUAUUAUUAUGAGGAUGGUUUCUGGUAAACGAUAUUUUGGCAUAGAUGAAGAUGAAGAAAACCAUGAAGCAAAGCUGUUUAGGGACCUGAUCAAAGAGGUUCUCAAACGUGCUGGUGCAUCAAACCCUGGAGAUUUUUUGCCAUUCUUAAGGUGGAUAGAUCACCAGAACUAUGAGAAGAACUUGGCUAAAAUUACUGCUAAAGUAGAUGCUUUCUUGGAGGGAUUAAUAGAUGAGCAUCGUGGUCAUAACAAAGAUGCAAAUACGAUGAUUGAUCAUCUGCUUUCUUUUCAAGAAUCCCAGCCAGAGUACUACACCAACGAAAUUAUUAAGGGCAUCAUACUGGCGCUGCUCAACGCUGGGACAGACACUUCAGCAGUGACAAUGGAAUGGGCCUUGUCCCAUUUGCUCAAUAAUCCUGAGUUGUUGGAGAAAGCUAGAGCUGAGCUGGAAACUCAAGUAGGAACUGAUCGAUUAACUGAAGAACAUGACUUGGCCAAUCUUCCUUACCUUCACAACAUCAUCUUAGAAACUUUUCGAUUGUGUCCAGCAGGACCAAUGUUAGUACCACAUGAGUCGUCCCAGGAUUGUAACAUUGGAGGAUACAACAUUCCACAAGGCACGAUGCUGCUUGUCAAUGCCUGGGCAAUUCACAGGGACCCAAAUAUUUGGGAUGAUCCUGAGAGCUUUAAUCCCGAAAGAUUUGAAGGAGUUGAAAUUGCACCCUCAAAACUGUUGCCCUUUGGGAUGGGAAGGCGAUCUUGUCCUGGUGCUGGCCUUGCACAGCGGGUGAUUGGUGUUGCAUUGGGAUCUUUGAUUCAGAGUUUUGUAUGGAAAAGAAUUGGCGAUAACAGAAUUGAUUUGUCUGAAGGGAAAGGAUUGACUAUGCCCAAAGCUGAGCCAUUGGAAGCUAUGUGCAAAGCUCGCACCAUCAUUAGCAAGAUUGUUCAAGAAGAUGCAUCAAGUGCCUAAUUU